AGCGACCAGCUUUAGUUCCGCGGGUUUGCAUGCUGGAGAGAAGCUCUUGAAAGUCAACUCUUUGGACCCGAGAUUUCAUUGUUCUACACCAUGCAAGCUUGGGGAUUCGGCUUGAGCAUACUACGUCUGCAAAGUUCCGAAGAUUAUAUAUGUCCCACAUUGCGGACACCACUCCGCAAGUACCUGAAAUAUCGGCGAUAGGAUACCUAAUGUACCUAUUGUGCUGCUUUGCUUUCCGUCUUAUAAUAGUGAUAUGUAUCCGUUCGCUUUCUUCCAGGACCACAGUUCACUGGCUUCAGCUGGGAGAACUGGCGACGUAACAUAGGUAUCUAGCUGUGCAUCAGCCAUGGAUGUCGAGCAGCAGGCAAAGCUGGUGGGCAGCAGCUCUGAGCUGCAGAAACUGAAGAGGGCUGUCACGCUGGCCUAUGCACUCAUUGGCGUGCUCUUCCUGUCGGUGCUGGGGCUCUUGAUUGCCCUAGCGGUGGUGGGCUCGAACCAGGGUCAUGACAUCGAGCAUCUUCAAAGCGACUACAAUGUGGCUCCUAACGUUACUUUCAGCUCUGUGGUUCGGCCGCAGACGGAGGGUUCAACGCCGCUCAACUAUGGAGGCAGCCUGUACAGAGGCAGUGGCUUCUGGGCAGGCAGAAACCCUCUCCCAGCGCCUCUUACCGACUUUACUGCCGUUGGGUCCGGCGAUUUUGUGUACCUGACUGGAGGCGCCAACUCGAGCGGGAUAGCCUUGAACCAGGUCCUGCGCUAUGACAGCCUCCUUCACACUUACACGCCGGUGGCACCGCUCCUGGCGCCCCGCUACCGACACGGAGCUGACGUCCUGAAUGGCAAGAUCUACGUAGUGGGGGGCUGGGCUUCGAAUGCUGACUCGACACCCCUUAACACAAUGGAGAUUUAUGACAUUACGUCAGACACCUGGACUGCGGGUCCGUCCACUCUCUUUUACCACGGAGACACCUGCGCGGUAGCAGCCAAUAACAAGGUACUCAACCAGGGCGCAAUACAAGAGGGGCUGCUCGGUUUCGGGGCCUUUGCCCAUGAUGGGUAA